AUGUUGCUCUUUGACGUUGCCAAAAGAGUCAGCACUAAACCGAAACCACUAUUCCUGCAUGCCGCAAGAAAUAAUAUGCGCUACACGUCAAAAUGCAUAGCCACUCAAUCAUCAAAGAAUAAUAUUCAAUUUUCAUUGAGACAAUACAUUCGCACCGAACAUGAGGUACCAAGCUACACAAUAAACAAUAGAAAGAAUAGAGCGGACAAUAAACUAAACUGCAGAGUAACCCAUGCUAGCCAAAAUAUGUUACAUUACCCCACAGAAAGAACCUUAUCGGAAUUCAAUAUUCCCUUUCUACGUCUCCAUUCUCGAUGCGCCACUAUCACCUUUUGUCGUACAUACAUCCGACCUCACUAUUACAAACCUCAAGCCCAGUCCCCCGUCCAAAAAUUGCGAGCAUCCUUACACCGUCUCGACAGUCGCUUCUCUCGCCACUCUCCUGAUCGGAUCAUAUAUACCUUCAUCGCAUUGAACGUGUUGAUAUUUAUAUUAUGGCGAUACGCUAUAUACAAAGCUCGCUUUCAGGGUGAUCCGCGCCUGUAUUUAUUUAUGGUGAAGAAUUUCAUGCAAAGUAGAGCAAAUUUCGAAGAUGGGAGUUGGAUAUGGACUGCAUUGACGAGUGCAUUUAGUCAUUCGGAUUUGGGUCAUUUAGGUGUUAACAUGCUCGUAUUAUGGAGUUUAGGAACGCCGACAUUACAAGUCUUAGGACUACGGCGAUUCCUAACAGUCUACUUCCUAUCUGCGAUAACUUCCUCACUUGGCUCACUAAUACUAACACUCUCACCCAGGUCUCGUUCCUACAAUAAAGUAUCUCCAUCACUUCCCGAUACGUCUCGGGCACCCUUGAGAACUUCUCAUGGCGCAUCAGGUAGCUUAAUGGGUAUAUCCACAGUAUUCGCCCUAAUGUUUCCGUGGGAGACGUUAAUUGUUUUGUUUGUUCCUGCACCGGCGAUAGUUGUUGUCGCGGGAUAUGUUGCUUACGACGCAUACAGUGCGUGGAAGCAAUCUGGUGGGAGGAUUGAUUCUGGGGCGCAUUUGGGCGGGGCAGUGUUUGGCGUCGGGUAUUAUUUUUUAAGACUACGACCUUUUCUUAGAAUGUAA